UAACUACUUAUAUAAAAUUUCUCAUAUUAUUCUUGAUUUGAACUUAGAGCAAAAAAAAGGAAUGAAAAGAAAAAAAAAAAAAAGAAGGUAGAUCAAAACAAUUGAAACUUUGUUUUGAUUUUUAAUAGGCAUUGUUAUAUUUUUUUCAGUUAUUCUAAUCAAAGUUUUUGUUAAGUAUAAUUUUGAAAAUUACUUUUUUGGACACUUAGGAAUUGAGAAAGCUUAGAUAACAAAAAUGCCGACCGAAGACUACAAAGAAGCCGACGAGAAUGAGGAUGAGGAUUUGUCAAGGAGGCCCAUCCCGCUAUACCAGAUCCUCCCCACCCCCAUCCGCAAGAGGAUCAAAGCCUUGAAGAAACUCCAGUUCCAAACGAUUCAACUGGAGGCAAAGUUCUUCUGCGACGUCCACAAGCUCGAAGGCAAGUACACCAAGGCUUUUGCUCAGCUGUACCAGAAGAGGGAGAACAUUGUCAAAGGUACCAUUGAACCGACGGAUGAAGACUGUGACUUCAACGAAGGGUACGACACCCCAGACGACGAAGAACCCGUCAUCAAGGAGCUGAGGAGUAAGCUAACAAUCACGAAGCUUGUCGAAGACGGAGCCACGGGCAUACCCGAGUUCUGGCUCACAGUCUUCAAGAACAUCGAUAUCCUCAACGACAUGAUACAGUCCCACGACGAGCCUAUCCUCCGCCAUCUUAUAGACAUAACCUCCACUCUCCGAGACGACGAAAGAAUGGGUUUCAUCCUACACUUCCACUUCUCGCAGAACCCUUACUUCUCGAACUCGGUCCUCACAAAGGAGUACCAGAUGAAGUGUGCACCGGACCCGGACAGCCCUUGGACCUUCGAGGGUCCCGAGAUAAUCGGAGCUACCGGGUGCACCGUCAACUGGAACAAGGGGAUGAACGUGACGGUGAAGACUGUGCAGAAGAGGCAGAAGCACAAGUCUGGUGGAGCCGUCAGAACCAUUAUAAAGACUGUCCAGAACUCCUCCUUUUUCAACUUCUUCACACCGCCGACUAUCCAAGACGACCAGGAGGGUACUGAAGAGAUCCAAGAGUUGUUGGAGAACGACUACGAGAUCGGCAGCUUCAUCAGGGAGAAGAUAAUCCCCCACGCGGUGCUGUAUUACACAGGCGAGGCGGUGGACAUCGAGACGGAAGAGGAGAUGGAAGAGGACGAAGACGGCCGGGACAACGAAGACGAAUCCGAAGAAGGGGAGUCGCAGGGGAAGCAGGACUCGGAGGAAGGCAGCGCUGAAGGGGAAACGGACGACGAGUAGCUGGCCAAUGGUAGAACCAAAUUGUAAUAGAUAUUACAAUAAAC